GGCCGCUUAAGGCGGAGGACGCCCGCCCCGUGGGGGACCGCAGGAAGGGCGGACGCGGAUUGGCUGCCGCGGGGACGGGGAAGCUGCGCGCUCGGGAGCAUGGAGACGGUGACCGAGGGCGCGUGGGACUCGCUGCCCGUCCGGCUGAGCCCUGGCGUGGGACGGGCCUUGCGGGAGCUGGGCUUCACGCACAUGACGCCGGUGCAGGUAGGCAGCGGGGACCGGGAAAGGGAGCCGGCUCUGAUCUCCCUCCUCGGGAAGGGGGUGGACUAGAUGGCUCCCUGGACCCCUUCCAGCGCUACACUUCUGGGAUUCUUUCCUUAAAAGAGAUGAGAGCCAGCAUGCUCGUGAGCGCUGUGUAUACGGAUAUGUGUGUUUAUCUAGGUAUACAGAUGUACAUGUGUAAUGCAAAGCCUCCAACCCAAAUGAGCCUGGAGUUUUGCACCAAACCACCUCUAGGGUUUUAAUCGUCUUUGGCAUGUAUUGCUCUUGUUACUGGUGUCCCCCCUUUAAAUCAUGGCUCUUGGAUGGAAUAUUAAUUAUGUUGCAUCCCGGCUUGAAGAUGGUUGUGGAAAAGUGUGAGUUAGAAAUACAGUGGUACCUCGGGUUACAGACGCUUCAGGUUACAGAUGCUUCAGGUUACAGACACCGCUAACCCAGAAAUAGUACCUUGGGUUAAGAACUUUGCUUCAGGAUGAGAACAGAAAUUGUGCUCCGGCUGCGCAGUGGCAGCAGGAGGCCCCAUUAGCUAAAGUGGUGCUUCAGGUUAAGAACAGUUUCAGGUUAAGAACGGACCUCCGGAACGAAUUAAGUACGUUACCAGAGGUACCACUGUAAGUAAGUUCUGCUUUCAGAGUAGUUGAUUGUGUACCUUUGCAGUCCUAUGUAUCUUUACUCAAAAGUAAGUAUGCUUGACUUCUGGCAAGGCAAGAUGGCAAGCGCCACGGCCGCACCAGCACCAACAGGGCUCUCUAGCUGGUCCCCACGCUGCCAACGCCACCACCACAAGCAAGGGAGAGCCAGGGGUGCCCAAUACGAAGAUCAAGAGGGCUGUGCCUCGUACAUAAACACCAUGAAACUACAUUGUCUUCCUACAAGAAAUACACCAGGGGUCAGCCAAUGACUUGUUAGAAAUCAACAAAACAGUGAUCAACAUUCUAGACCAGGGGUAAGCAAACUUUUUCAGCAGGGGGCUGGUCCACUGUCCCUCAGACCUUCAGACUAUAUUUUGGGGGGGUGGGAAUGAAAGAAUUCCUAUGCCCCACAAAAAACCCAGAGAUGCAUUUUAAAUAAAAGGACACAUUUAGAAGGUGAUUGGGCCGGAUCCGGCACCCGGUCCUUAGUUUGCCUACCCAUGUUCUAUACUCAAAACAACGCUUCUACGAGUGUGGAGGGGAAGACUCCAGACUAUUAGCAAACAGCUGUAGGAAACAAUCACUCAAAACAAGAAUACAAAUACUGUUUGGCUCUGAAAAUACAGCUAAAGGUAAAGGGACCCCUGACCAUUAGGUCCAGUUGUGGCCGACUCUGGGGUUGUGGCGCUCAUCUCGCUUUAUUGGCCGAGGGAGCCGGUGUACAGCUUCCGGUCAUGUGGCCAGCAUGACUAAGCCGCUUCUGGCGAACCAGAGCAGUGCAUGGAAACGCCAUUUACCUUCCCGUCGGAGUGGUACCUAUUUAUCUACUUUCACUUUGACGUGCUUUCGAACUGCUAGGUUGGCAGGAGCAGGGACUGAGCAACAGGAGCUCACCCUGUCGCCGGGAUUCGAACCGCUGACCUUCUGAUCAGCAAGUCCUAGGCUCCGUGGUUUAACCCACAGCGCCAAAUAAGCUUCUGUUGUGAUAGAGUUCCAUGAAUGGUGCCGCAAGUGAGAAGGACCUCUUCCCAGUCAUAAUGUGCCUCACCUCUGAUGGUGGAGCCAUACAGCAAGGAUUUUGGUGCAGCUUUAGCCAGGUUGCAUAUGGGCAGGCUGCAGUGGUCUCCCAUUCAUUCGGGUGCUGAUCAGGUCCACCCCACACAGCUUUACCAGUACUAUGGCUCCCAUACAAAGUAAUGCUUUCAGAGCAGCCCCCAUAGUAGUUAGAGUGUUGGACUAGAAUCUUGGAGACAGGGUUCAACUCCCCACUCAGGCAUGGAGCCCACUGAGUGGUCUGGGGCCAGUCACUGUCUCUUAGCCUAACCUACCUGUCAAGAAUUGUUGUGAGGAUAAAAUUGAGAGGGGGAGAACUUUGAGCUCCUUGGAGGAAAAGUGGCAUAUUUCUUCUUUCUUUGUUAAUUAAGUUAAUAUCCUGUCCUUCCUCCAAAAGAACUCCAGGUCGGCAAACAGCAAGAGAUAAAACAAAAAAACAUCUUAAAAACAAUUCCAGUACAGUGGUACCUCUGUUUACAUACUUAAUUCGUUCCAAAGGUCCGUUCUUAACCUGAAACUGUUCUUAACCUGAAGCACCAUUUUAGCUAAUGGGGUCUCCCGCUGCCGCUGCGCCGCUUGAGCACGAUUUCUGUUCUCAUCCUGAAGCAAAAUUCUUAACCCAAGGUACUAUUUCUGGGUUAGCGGAGUCUGUAACCCGAGGUACCACUGUACUGGGAAAGCGUAAAAGGCUUGUGGAAAGAGGAAGGUCUUCAAUAGGCACCAAAAAGGCAGCAGAGAAAGUGCCAAUGUAAUAAAUUUAUGUAAUAAAUAAAAUUAAAGACUAAUGUUCCAGCAUCAUCAUCUGCUUUACAUCACCUGCUUUAAUAGAAAGAUCAUUUCCCCAAUAUUCCCUCUGCCUGCAGUUCUCUUUAAAACAAGGUUUGGGGGUUUGUGACUCUUUAUAAGUUGUUGGACUGCAACUUCCAUCAUCCCUGCCCUUCGUCACGGCUAGCUGAGGCUGACGGGAAUUGGUGUCCAACAACAUUGGCCGGUCACAGGUUCCCUAUCCUGUCACUUAGCAUUGCCCCAUAAUUUCUUUUUCUGGUUUUUGUUUGAUAUUUUAGUUAUGUUGACCGUUUUUGGAAAUUUAUUAUAGGUUUUUAUGUGAAUACCUUGAUUUCUUGAUGGGCAUUGGAAUGUGGAUUGUUACAUAUUUUAAUACUGUUGGAAUGCUUGGAUUAGUUAGCCAUCUUGAGUUCCUUUUGAAAAUUACACAGGGACUAAGUUUUAAAAAUGAAAUAAUAAUCCUUUUUUACACUUCUGUCUCUCUUCUAGUCUGCAACGAUUCCUUUGUUUAUGACAAAUAAGGAUGUGGCAGCUGAGGCGGUAAGUGUCUUGCUGCUCAACUUCCCUGUGACUUUUGGCCUUUUGCUGAAAGAAUUAUUUUUAAUGUCUCUUGUUUUCAUGUCUGCAGGUAACUGGCAGUGGAAAAACUUUAGCUUUUGUUAUUCCAAUCAUAGAAAUUCUUCUCCGACGGGAAGAAAAGCUCAAGAAAAUGCAGGUAAAAUGUCACUGUUCUUUUCUGCCCUGCUUUUAAAAAAUAGGAAGAUUGGGAGAAUAGUUUUGAGCAAUUGGUUCCCAGGAGCCAAAGGUCUUUUAUGCUGGUGCCUAAGAAGAUUGAUAUUUCAUUUCUGUUUUCUUCAGAGGGCUAGUGAAAAAGACUUGUCAAUUACAUAGCUUAUUUCCAGAGUUCUAAGGGCUUAUUUAUAUAUUUAAUUUAUAUACCACCCUAUACUCAGAGGUCUCAAGGCGGUUCACAGUUGUAGAUGGUUUACCUACAUCUGACCUAAGAGUGGUUUUCUUACCUAGUGCAUUCCACUGUGAACCAUAAUUUGCGCUCUUAGGGCAGAGGAAGACUGAAAUAACGAGACUGAAAGUGCUGUGAUCUCUGAGGUUUCUCUUCAGUGACUGUAGCAUAGCAGCAGUUCAAAAACUGCAAUGUUGGAAUCACUUGACUGGCAAUUCCAUCACUGCCAUUUCUUCUUGGGAAUCAAGGUGUGUUGAAGCCAUUUGUCUGAGAUGAAAGGAGGCUGUGGCUGUGGAGUGCUUUAAUUUCUGGCAGGCGCAGGUAAGCAAGUCACCUUGUGCAAUUCCUUGAGGGAGGAGUCAUAGCUCAGUGGUAAGGCAUCUGCUUUGUAUGCAAAAGGGUCCGGGUUCAAAUCCUCAAACCCUGGAGAGCCACUGCCAGUCAGUGUAGUCAGUAUAGAUCAAGCCAAUCUGCUGGCCUCUAGAUGUUGUUACACCUUAAUUCCCAUUAGCCUCAGCCAGCAUGGCCAAUGGUCAGAGGUAUGAUGGGAGUUGUAGUCACCCAUGAGAUUGGCUGCCUGUGGUGUGGACCAUACUGAGUUGGAUGGACUAAGGGUCUGAUCAAUAUGAAGCAGCUUCUUAACUUCAUAUGUUUAGCAUGGUAAAAAGGAGACGGAGGAGAUAUGAUAGCUACCUUCAGAAAUCUAAUGGGCUGUUGCAUGGAAGAUGGAGCAAGCUUGUUUUCUAACACCACCUCCUUGUCUAAAGAAAAGUGCUCCACAGCUGCAAACCUCUCCUGUCUCUGGCAGGUAGCCACAGGCUGCUUCGUUCCCCAAAAGCAGAGAGGCAGCAGCAGUGGCGCAUCCAGCCAAACAGCUAUGGUGUAGCAGCUUUUGAUUCACCCCUAUUUGACAGCCAUACAUAAGGAGCUCAAAGUGUGUUGAGCCCCUUGUCAUCUGCAUUUCUCUUGAUCCUCAGCCACUCUGCCAUCACCUAAAUUCAAUUGAAAUCCGCAGGAAGUGCUACCAGUUGCAUUUGUUCAGGAUGGAGGAGCGGAUUGCAUUGAAGAAAAUAGUUGGCCUCUAUAUUUCCCUCCCAUUUUCUUUCUGAUGUUUCAGGUUGGUGCUGUCGUCAUCACUCCCACACGAGAGCUUGCCAUUCAAAUAGACGAAGUGAUAUCCCAUUUCACAAAGUAUUUCCCACAGUUUAGGUAAUAAUGUAAAUGAUUCUUACAUAAAUGAUUCUGAUUGCUAAGAAGCUGGGCAUGAUGGCUCACUCUGGUGGCUUUUUUGAAUAGCAUGUGUGUGCUUUGUUUCAGCCAGUGCCUUCUAAUCGGCGGAAAGAAUCCCAUGGAAGACGUAGAAAGAUUCAAAGAACGAGGGUGAGUUGCUGACUGGCCAGUGCUGCUGAAAUCUUACUACUUGGGCAUCAGAUUUUCUGAACUCCUUCGAGUUUGAAAUUACUAUGUGUCCUGCAUUUUCUGGGUAGAAUCCUAGCUCAGUAGCAAUUCCAUGGAUCUGCAUUUGGGAUUAUUCAACCAGUUUGUCCCAGUGUAAAUAUAGGAGAAAAGCAAUGAUACCAUGUUAUCAUUGGAUCAUCUUGGGAGACUUGGUCCCUGCCUUGCUGGCCUUUUCCCACCUGACCUGGGAGGGCGGGGCCUUGACUUGACUCCAGCUGCAAAAGCUGAGGCUGCUGAACAAACUCUUAUUUAGGUGUUUUUUUUGGGGGUGGUGGUGGUUAUUGAUACUAUUUUUUUGUAUCUUUAGAUAUUAUUGAGAUUUAUUAUAGCAACUUCCCAGCCCCUAUCUGUCCAUUGGGUAUGGACAGUGCUGUGCCAUUUGAUCCUUGUGGGUCGUAGUAAUAAUUUGAUCUCUGAUAGCUCAGUUAGUAGAGCAUGAGGCUGUUAACAUCAGGGUUGUGGGUUUGAGCCCCAUGUUGGGCAAAAAAGAUUUCUGCAUUCCCUUUCAACUCUACAAUCCUAAGAUUCUAAGCACAUGGUUGACUAGCUUAAUUUCAGUGGAAUUUCACAAAAGCAGUUUUUGACAUGCUUUCAUAUUUCGUUCUCUCCUAUUAAUACUUGAGCACCAACAGGAGCUUAGAAGUCAUAAGAUUUGAAAAUGUCACUUUGGUUCUCAUUAUUUGCAUUUUGGGCGUCUCAAGCAUUCAGCAAGAGCCUGGUGGCAGUGGAGUAAAAGGUUUUUGUGCAAGGGGGAGGAAGAGGUGGCAGCUGUGUUUGUGAUAUAUGCUAGUGCACAGACAGAGAACAUCUCCUUUUCCUUCUUGAUUUCUUUCUUGAUUGUAUUGAUACCAGUUCCAAAAAGAUUGGAUUCUCCUGUGACUUUCCCUGCAGUUAUGAACUUUCCCCCAAACCAACCAUAAAAAUGAGGUUUUCCCCUCUAUACCCAACAGUGGACACAUCCUGGUAGCUACUCCAGGCCGUUUGGAGGACAUGUUCAGGAGAAAAUCAGAUGGGCUGGAUUUGGCCAGCUCUGUGAAAUCUCUGGAUGUUUUGGUCUUGGAUGAAGCAGACCGGCUUCUGGAUAUGGGCUUUGAAGCAAGGUAUUUGCUUUGGGAGUAAGGGGGACCUUCCACCAGCACCUUUGAUGGUUGCCUGCUCUUGAGCUGGAUUAUAAAUUUCAUAAUAGUUAAAUUGGAAGACAUCUGAUUGAGCACUUUGGGACUAAGAAGUAUGGAUGGAUGGAUCAGUUUAUUGCCAUUCUGUGACAGUUUUGCUGGUGUUGAGUGCAUUCCAUCUUGCUUUCUGUGGCUUUUAAAAAUACUACCCAAAAAUGUGCUUAAAUUGUAUGCAUUUCCCCCUAAAACAAACAUUGUGCAUGUACUUGUCCCUGAAACAUACAUUUUGUACACAUUCCCACUCUAAAACAGAAUAUAUGCAUUUUUUAACCAAAACUGCAUUGCAAAAUUUGGAGAAGUGCACAAUCCAAAUGAUAACUGUUUUUAUCUACAUGUUAAUCCAUAUCAUUAGCGUUAGCUUGGUUUCCUUUAAAAUGAAGACUGAAUAAAGUUCUUCCCUUGUGUAUCUUUGGCCUUGAUUCAGAAGAGCUCUUCUGACCUUUCUAACUGUGUUCGCUUGCAGUUUAAAUACCAUUCUGGACUUGUUGCCCAAGCAGAGACGAACGGGGCUCUUUUCGGCAACUCAAACUCAAGAAGUCGAGAACCUGGUGAGGGCUGGUCUCCGGAACCCUGUCCGCAUCUCAGUGAAGGAGAAGGGAAUGGCAGCGAGCAACACUCAGAAGACCCCCACCCGCCUCCAAAACUACUACAUGGUGAGGAUGGCUCUAUAGGAACGCAGGAAGCUCCCUUCAGCCAUGUCAGGUUCUUGGAGUUUCCCCCAGCUCUCUAAAGCAGAAGUUUCUUUGGGAGGUGAGAAAGUGAGAGGAAGGAGAAAGUCCAUUGUGCAAGUCCAUUGUCCUUGCCCGACUAGGACAGCUUUGUUGGCUAUAACCCUAUAGCUCCUGCAGCCAGUCAGACGCUGCGCCUUGGUUUUCAAACAUUUUCGGAAGUCGAAUGGACUUCUAGAACGGAUUCUGUUUGAGAACCAAGGUAUGACUGUAAUUGAGUUUUUUUUUUAAAAAAUUUUUUGUUAACAGUUGCAGUCUAAAGGGAAGCUUUCAGAUUGAUCUUGAAAAGGGUUUUAAGGAGGGCUUUGAUUGGCUCUGGUGUUUGUUGUGCUUUGCUGCUUCCCGCUGCCAUCUAUUUAUCCCUGCCUCUUUAUCUUUCUGUCCUCCUCUUUUUAGAUCUGCAAAGCAGAAGAAAAAUUUAACCAGCUGGUCCACUUCCUUCGCCAACACAAGGCAGAAAAACAUCUCGUCUUUUUCAGGUGAUGCUAAGGGCAGGGAGGUCCUUGAACACAGGGCUGGGGCAAUCUGUGGCCCUCCAGAGGUUGCCGGCCCCUAAACCCCAUCAUUCCAGACUGUUGAACAUAAUGGCUGGGGCUGAUGGGAGUUGGGGGUCCAGCAAUGUGGGGGACGACGACAGGACAGGUUCCCCAUCCUUAGCUGUUCAGAUAUAUCUUCAUCCGGGAAAGAAAUACCCAUGACAUGAUCAAUGUCUCAUUCAGCAUUGAGAAAUGGAAAGUAGACUGAAACACAUAGAGAAAUGUUUUUGGUUUUGUUUUGUUUUAAAAAUAGAACUAUCUGCCACCCUAAGCACUCUAAUUUGUUGGCUCAGUAGCUAAAGGGGUGUCCUCAGAAGUUCCUCAGAAUUACCGUAUUGGCCUGAAUAUAAGCCACACCUUUAAAAUUCAAGGGGGGAAAAGAAAAAAAGACAAUACCCGGAUAUAAGUCGCUCCCUUAAAAUUCCGCAGGCACUCACACCCGUUCCGUUUUACUGUAUGUCUGUUUUAGCAGCGAUAUCGUAAAAGCCAAUUUUUUUAAGGUCGCGAAUUUAAGCCGCACUUUUCACUGUCAGAAUUUGGGAAAAAGUGAGGCUUAUGUUCAGGCCAAUACGGUACCUUCUGGACUCCAGCUCCCAUAAUUUCCAGCCAUCGGCCAUCCUGGUUGGUGCUGGUGAGGGUUGGGAUGUCCAGCAACAUUGGAGGUUCACAAUUCCUGUUGUAACAAGUCAAGGUUCCAUAUUGCCUCAGCGGCAUGGGGCACUGCUGGGAAACUCAGCUUGAAGGGCGUGGAGGACAGAUGUAGAGGGACUGAUUCAUUUAGAUUUUUAAGUACUCUGGCAGAGCAUGGCGUCAAGGAAGCCGCUCUUUUCCAGCUUCAGCUCCUUCGUCUGCAAUACUCUGAGGUAAUCAUACUCUCCUGCCUUGAGCUCUGGUCAAAGUAAUUUCACCCCUCUUCGGAUCUUGGCCUUUAGACCGUCAAAAAUGAAGAAUCGCAAAGCUGACCCAUUUUGUGGCAUUUUGUUUACACUUCCAGUACCUGCGCUUGCGUGGAGUAUUUUGGGAAGACUUUGGAAUCCUUGAUUAAGAAUGUGAAAAUAAUGUGCAUCCAUGGGAAAAUGAAACACAAACGGAAUAGGAUCUUCACGGAGUUCCGGAAACUUCCGAGGUGAGAUGCAUUUUCACAAGGACUGGUUUAGCCAACUGCUAGAAAUAUGUGUGUGUGUGUGCAUCUCUCUCUCUCUCACGCACCCCCCCCCCCAACACAUAUACAUGAUUUAGGUGUAAGACUGUUGGGGAAACUGCUAAGACUUCAGGAUUGUUUGCUUCAGGGUCAUUUCCUCUAUUUCUAAUGUUCAGUCUGCAACUGUUGAUUCUUCUGUAGCCAAAAUAGUACCAUCCAUGUACAACAGGGAGAUAUCAGCAGACUUGGCAGAACUCAAAGGUUUGCAGAAGUCCCAAGCAACUUUAGAAAACAAACCCUAAAAGUGGCGGCCGGGCAGGCAGGCAGGGCUCAAAAACACCCCAGUGAGGACUGAGCAUGCUCUGUGGCUACAGAAUGUUGAUAGAUAUUUUUUUUAGGUGGGAGGGGGAAAUAGAGUGGCUGGAUUCCUCAUCAGCGCUAUUCCACGCUGCACCUUUUUGUUGCAGGACCAACGUUCUGCAUAUGGGAGCCAAUUACGUUGGGAGAAUCACUAGGUUAUUUCAGUUUUAUUUCCGUCCCCUCCUAAAACUUUGCAUUUCCCUGUGAUUUCUUAGUGGCAUUCUGGUUUGCACGGAUGUGAUGGCCCGAGGCAUAGACAUUCCAGAGGUGAACUGGGUUUUGCAGUGUGACCCUCCAAGCAAUGCAAGGUACUGAGUGUUUCUCCCCUUUCUUCCCUUCUCUUUAAGAAGGCAACCAAUCUUUAAUGGCCACUCUGGUUUAUGGCUGCAAAAAAGUGGGAAGUAAAGUGUCUGCUGAGCUCAGCAGUGAUAGCAUACAAAUGUGGGGGCCUGUGCUGGCCUCCAAGGAGGUGUGCCUUUUCCUUGUGUUGAACCACUUUCCCCCGCUGUUCCAGUGCCUUCGUUCAUCGCUGUGGCCGCACUGCGCGCAUCGGGCACUUGGGCAGCGCACUUGUCUUCUUGCUUCCCAUGGAAGAAGCCUACAUCAGUUUUCUAGCCAUUAACCAAAAGGUGCGUGGGCUUCUCUGUUUUCAAAAAUGGAAAGGGAGAAUGCUUCCAGGUUCCACUGAGAAUGCAGUUCAUGGGGAAGGAAUAUUGACUGUUCUACAAAGUCCUCUACAUCUUUUAGGGACCAGGAGACCUAAAAGAUUGUCUCACUCCUUGUGUAUGUAACCAUGCACUGUGCUCUUUAGGUGAGGGCCUCCUGUAGUUCUGUCUUACUAGAUCUGUUCUGUACAAUGUAGGGAUGAAGCCUUUAGUGUGGUGGCACCUGCUUUUCAGAAUGUGUCAGAGACAGGUGCCUUCUACUUCCCCUCGGUGCCUAUUGAAGGACUUCCUUUUCCAAUGGGUCUUUUAUGUGGAGAUUUGUAUCCUAGUCUGCCUCUCUAUUGGAUGUGAAAUUGUUUGCUUACUGCUUUGGAAUGCUCUAUGGGAGACAAUUAAUAAAUGAAAUUAAUAAAUACCGUAUUUUUCGCCCCAUAGGGCGCACCGGCCCAUAGGACGCACCUAGUUUUGGAGGGGGGAAAUAAAGAAUUCCCCCCCCCCAGGUGUGGGGCUGGAGUGGGGGAAGCCCGAGCUUUCCCCUACCCCAGCCCCCAGAACAGGCAGCUCUCCGCAAGCCUUGGGAGACCGGCGCGACUUCCUGCUGGGCUCCCACGCCUUGCAUAUAUCUGCCUGAAGUCCAAACCAGGUCGGGGAACAGCGGGAUGGCGGCGCUGCGCCUCCCCGCUGUCCCCUGAGCUUGUGGGGCUGGCGGCAGGGAGAAGCGCGCUUCUCCCCACUGCCAGCCUCCAAACCAGGUCGGGGAACCGAAGCCCAGGGCGUGCUGUGCAGCGCGCCCCAGGCUUCAAGAUGCAGGCUGCUAUCCGCAAGCCUAGGGAGCCCGACGGGAACUUCCGCGGGCUCCCAAGGCUUGCGGAGAGCUUCCUGAAGCCUGGAGAGCGAGAGGGGUUGGUGCGCACCAACCCCUCUCACUCUCCAGGCUUCAGCGAAAGCCUGCAUUCGCCCCAUAGGACGCACACACAUUUCCCCUUCAUUUUUGGAGGAAAAAGUGCGUCCUAUAGGGCGAAAAAUACGGUAAUUAUUGACAGGUGUGACUUUUCCUGCUUAUGCAGUACUUCUAGUGGGGGGAAAUGCACCUUCAGAAAUUCUCCCUUCUGCAUAAAUCUUUGGCAAGCUUUUUUUGGGCAAAGAUGAUGUGCAAAAAAGGUCUUCUGACUUGCAAAAUUCUUCACAUGGUAUGUCAUAUUUAAAAGUAGCUGAAUUAAGGGGUGCACUUCCAGUGUCUUGUUUCAGAUAAUUUGAAACUGGACUCCUCUUGACAGUGUCCCAUGCAGGAAAUGAAACUGCAGAGCAACGUGGCAGAUGUCCUGCCGAAGCUGAAGUCUCUCAGUCUGGCUGACAGAGCUUUCUAUGAGAAGGGGAUGAAAGCCUUUGUAUCUUACGUGCAGGCAUAUGCCAAACACGAGUGCAACCUGAUCUUCAGGAUGAAAGGUAAUUUGCACUAGGGGUGUGUGUGUGUGUGUGUGUGUGUUUGUGUGUGUGUGUUUUUGCUGGCUGUUUUGAUUCAGGAAUGCUCUCUGGCAGCCUUCACCAUCCUGGUACCUUCCACAACUUCCCAUCAUCAGCCCAAGCAUCAGGGAGUUCUAGUUGAAAACAUCUGGAAGGCCCCCUGCUGGCAUAUGCUGCUUUUUACUGAGUCAGACCAUCGGUCCAUUUAGUGCAGUGUAGACAGUGCUUCCUGGCAGUGGCUUCCUUAAAGUUUCAGACAGGGGACAUUCCCAGCCUUUACCUAGAGAUUUAUAAUUUAUUUAUUAAAUUUCUCUUGCUCUUCAUCCUAGAUUGAACCCAGAACCUUCUGUAUUGAAAGCAAAUGCUCUACCCCUAAGCUGCGCUGCCCCUUCUUGACCUCUGUCUCUGGCUAGAGACGUAGCUUCUCACAUGCUUUGUCUUCUCCUUUCCUUCUCCGCCAAGGCCAUGAGGAGGAAGUCUAAAGCCUAAGCUUUUGGCUUUGAUUAAUCACAGCUUGUCAUUUCAUGCAAACCGAGCAAACUGGUUGAUUUUAAUUAUGGUUUGUAGAAACAAGCCAACUUCAAAUCGUGUGUUGUGAAGUCAGCUUGUUUAUCAAGCCGGGGCAGAGUUUGGUGUGCUGAGCCUUGCCCCCCCUCCCCUUCAGCUGUAGGGUGACCGAGGGAGAGGCGGUGGGCAGAAGCAAGCCUCAUGCUGCCGUUUUGGCAGUGGAGAGCCUGCAGGCGUCAGAGCCACUGUGUGAGAUGCGUGGCUCAGGCACACUGCAGGCCCCACAGUAAGUUAAGAUGAAACCGCAAGGUAUGGUUCUGAUGUUAACGCCAAUCUGGAGUUUGUCAGAAAUGGAAGUUUCUGAUCUCUUCACAGCCAGGGCUUGCUGAUGGUCCUCCCAACCACAGUGAACCAUGGUUUAUCCCAUGGGCUGUCAACAUGGCACCCAUGGGCGCCAAUAGCCAACCUGUCUAUGGCACCUCCUAUGAAUUAUCCCUUCAAAAAUUCACAAUCCACAAGACUUUUUUCCUGCUAAUUUUCUUGUUUGCAGUGGCUGAGCAUCUCCUAAAUCGAGCACUCUCCCUUCCAUUCUCCACAGAGGAUGGGUGCAAGGAGAUACUCUGUGAGCAAGCAUGGAAGUGGCUGAUGCAGGUGCUUUCUCCAUUGGGGCACGAGUGGGGCAUGCUUGAACCAUUUUUGUGAGUCUGCCUCUCUUUCUCCCCUUUUAGAUGCAACAGCCAUUUCAUGUAAUGAACAGCCAUUUUGUGACUGGUGCCUAUGGUACUUUCUCUAAAUUCCAAAUGUGCUCACAGGCCCCCAAAAGCGUGAUGGUCCGUUUUAUUGUGACAUCCCAGCUGGCCUGUGUAGUCUCUGCUUUGUCACAUGGUUUCUGUAUGUGGCUUGAUCCAUCCAUAUACUUUUCUCUCUCUCUUCUCCCCCGCCCCCCUCAACAGACUUGGACUUUAGUAGCCUGGCCCGCGGUUUUGGUUUGCUGAAGAUGCCACGGAUGCCGGAGCUGAAAGGCAAGUGCUUUUCGGACUUCACGCCUGUUGAUAUUGACACGGACACGAUUGCCUUCAAGGACAAGAACAGAGAAAAACAGAGGCAAAAGCUGUUGGAGCAGCGAAGGAAGGAGUGGCAGGAGCACGGUGGGCAGAGAAAAUUCACCCGCAACAAAGCCUGGUCCAAGCAGAAAUCAAAGAAAGAGAAGAAGAAGAAAAUGACAGCCAAAAGGAAAAGAGAGGAGGUGAGGGGAGUGUUCUACCAUGUUUAUUUUAUUUUUGAUUGCAUCUAGGGCUAGUAGACCUAUUAAGAAUAAAGAGUCAUUAAUUUCAGUGGGUCUACUCUUUUUUGAGAGCCAGUCUUGACUGAAAAGGGUGGUGGGGUGGAUAAAGAAAUACUAGGAGCAUCAUACGGCUUGAUGCACUUGUUUGGGGGAAGCUGGAACUACCGUAUUUUUCGCUCUAUAGCAUGCACCAGACCAUAACACGCACGUAGUUUUUAGAGGAGGAAAACAAGAAAAAAAAUAUUCUAAACGAAAUAGUGGAUAUAUGAUUUUUGUGGUUCAUGCUGUGGCCACAGACAUGUGAUCUGACAGUGAGUUUGGAGUAGCCCAAUGCAAAAAUCCUGAGGAUCCAUGUGGAUCCAUGCUUUGUAACCACGGAGGAGGGAAGGAAGGGGAACCAUGGAUCCUCUGCUCACAACUGCAGCAGAUCCCCCCCGCCACCCGCAGGCAUUCGCUCCAUAACACGCACAGACAUUUCCCCUUACUUUCUAGGAGGAAAAAAGUGAGUGUUAUGGUGCAAAAAAUACGGUAUGUAUCUGUCAUAAGAACACCAGGAGAGCCUCCUGGAUCAGCCCAGUGGCCCCCUAGUCCAGCAGCCUCUUCUCACAGAGGCCAACCAGAUGCUUCUUUUGGGAAACCUUCAAGCAGGACCUGAGCACAAGAGCUCUUCCCUCCUGCGGCUUCCAGCAAUUGGUAUUCAGAAGCAUUGCUGCCUCCCAACUGUGGAGGCAGAGGUAGCCACCAUGGCUAGGAUCCCUCUUCUCCUUCAUGAAUUUGUCUAAUCCUAUUUUAAAAUCAUCUAAGGGUUCCAUAUUUGACUGCGCUGCAUGAAGCACUUUCUUUUAUCCAUCCAAAAUCUUCCAACGUUCAGCUUCACUGGGUGUCCACGAGUUCCAGUGUUAGGAGAGAGGGGAAUUCCACUACCCGCUUUCUCAAUGCCCUGCAGAGUUUUAUAAACUUCUGUCAUCUUGCCUCUUUCUUGCCUUUUCUCCAAACUAAAGAGUCCCAAACGCUGCAACCUUUCCUAAUAGGGGAGUCGCUCCACCCCCUCGGCCAUUUGGUGGCCCUUUUCUGAACUUUCCCCAGCUCUAAAAGGUAAAGGUAAAGGGACCCCUGACCAUUAGGUCCAGUCGUGGCCGACUGGGGUUGCGGCACUCAUCUCGCUUUACUGGCCGAGGGAGCCGGCGUCCAGCUUCCGGGUCAUGUGGCCAGCAUGACUAAGCCACUACUGGUGAACCAGAGCAGCGCACGGAAACGCCAUUUACCUUCCCGCCGGAGUGGUACCUAUUUAUCUACUUGCACUUUGAGGUGCUUUCGAACUGCUAGGUUGGCAGGAGCAGGGACCGAGCAACGGGAGCUCACCCCGUCACGGGGAUUCGAACCGCCGACCUUCUUAUCAGCAAGUCCUAGACUCUGUGGUUUAACCCACAGCGCCACCCACUUCUACAAUACCCUUUUUGAGGUGAAGCGACCAGGACAGUGCACAGCCCUCCAAAUGCAGCUGCACCAUAGAUUUGUAUGAUGUCAUUAUGAUGCCGGCAGUUGCCGCCCAAGUAUUUCUGUGCCCUGCUAAGCUCUAGUCUUCUCCCCCAUUCCUUGCAGGGUUCUGAUGUGGAGGACGAGGAUAUGGAGGAGCUCCUGCAGGACACCCGGCUCUUGAAAAGGCUCAAGAAGGGCAAAAUCAGUGAGGAGGAGUUUGAGAAGAAGCUGCUGCACGGCGUGAAGGAGGCCCAGGCAGGAGGCUCAGACUGAAGGGUGAAAUGUUGAGCUGAACUCUCCUUUUUGAUACAAAUAAAACUUUAUAUACACAAACCGAGUGCCAUUUCACUCUUGAUAUUGUUGCUGUUGGGGCCUUAUGUUACAGCAGCCUUGUUCAACUUGGAGCCGUGCAGAUGAUUUGGGCUUCAGCUCUCAUGAGCGCCAGCCAGCACAGCUUUCAAUCAGGACAACUUGAAGCCACCGCCUACUGAGCCAGACCACUGAUGAGCUGCUACAGGGGAUUCUUUUAACAGGAAGUGCCAAGGAUUUUGAGCUUGGGAAAGUGUGGGCUUUGCCAGGAAGCUACGAGUAAGGAGCACUUUGCUGUUAAGAUUUUAAGCAUCAUGUUGCAAAGGCUCCCAGAUUUUUCCUCCCACCCAUGUCUUGCAAUAAGUUGCAUUCUACAAAGCCAGUGGCACAUUCUUGCUGGGUAACCGUGUCCCAGUUGCUGUGUUUGUUUAUUUUUAUUUAUCUAUUGAAUUUAUAUACCACCCUAUACCCGGAGGUUUCAGGGCGGUGUUGCAACCUAAACCUACUUUGUCGGACUGUGAUGAGGCUAACAAGGGAGAGAUCGUGUAUCCAACUCCAAGCUCCUUGUAGGAAGACUACCUGGCCUGAGGGAUUGACUGUAAGUAGUCACUCCCUGGCUGUCUGCUUUAAACAUUUUGUGUCAUUCCUUCUGAAAAGUCUGGCUUCUCUUAUCUAAGAGAAUUGAGGUUCAGAUCAUCAGCCACCAACUGUUCUCCAUCAUCUUAAGCCUGCCUUC